CAAGGACCCAGACCUGAGGUCAAUUGUUGUGUAGCAUCCAUCAUCGCCGUACCUCUGAUUCCCACCUCUCUGUGCAGCCCCACUCCUUACAUUUGGGCUCGCCCCAUCAGCCAUGGCUCGGAUGACUGCAGUCGCCAUGCCGCUGCCAGGGCUAGUGAUCGCCCUCCUUCUCGGUGCUGCCAUUGCUGUCAUCAGCAUGAUGCCACGUGGCAGAGAUCCUUGUUGGCGUGCUUCAGUGGCAGAAGAUUUUUUCUAUCCUGGUCAGACGUGGCGGGUGGGAGUGCAGAUUUGCCGCUCGGACACCCCUCAAAGGGACAUCAUCUGCACGGGGGAAGGCGGGCUCGUCAGAAGCAGCUCCGUUGUGCUGACCUGUCCAAGCUAAUGUUCCUCUCCGUUUCCCGCUCUCAUGCUCCCUUAAUGUGCGUUGGAGCUGACAGCCCUUCACGCCUGUCUCCGUUGUUGUCCUUGCAUCCCUUACAUUUUCGUUGUUGUUGUCCUUACCUUUUCCUUUCCCCCAUCUCCUCCCUCCUCCCGUCCUUCCUCCCCGUACUUCUCCCUCUCACACUCAGCUAA